GACUAAUGUGUGUCGCUUUGUUAGCAGUCAGCCUGCUGGCCUCCUCCCCCUCGCGCACAGGUGCGGGUUCGGGAAGCCGCUCUCCGGCAGGGGGUCUCGCUUGGGAUCGAACCCCUGCGCGGACGGCAAGGCAGGGAGAGGGACGAGAGGGGGAGGUCCGAGGGGCGGCUCGUGGGACGGGCGCGGACGCGGGGCCAAGAGACGGAGACGCGGAGGGGCUUGUCCCGUCUCCUCCAGGCUGCGGGAGCAGGAAAGGGAGGCCUUCUUCAGGGCAGGAAAGCCAAGGGAAGUAAACAAGACACACCGCCUGCGCACACAGCCUUGCGAAGAAGGGCACAGGGAGUGGAGUGGAGUGGAGUGGAGGGGAGGGAGGGCUGGCGGGAUGGGUGGAGUCAGGGGAAUGGGGGUGGAGUCAACCGUGACAUCACAAUGUAUCCGUAACCCAUGCCUCGUGCUCAUUGGCCGAGAGGAGCUGCCCAUCAUCCGACUUCCUCCUCGGGUCUGACAAAGUUCAGAAAGUGCAGAAGUGGAGGCAGAGCUGAGGGAGGGACCUGUACAUACACACACACACACACACACACACACACACGCGCGCGCGCACAAUCACACACACACGGGCAAGAAACUGAAACAGAGCGUGACUUGUAAAGCAAGCCCAACCGGGCCUUUUUCUCUCUCCUCCGCUCACAUAGUUUCCUGCUGCACAAGGAAGCCAUUUUGUAGGGCAAAAUUAUUCAUCUUUUCCCUUCCUUUUUCUUUUUUUUUCGCCCCUCCUGAGCCACAUUUUGCUCCUCUGCUCAAGUUUGGACUUUCUCCUCUGAGGAUCUGCGUGUGAGAGGCAGACGGAGGAAGGGCGCAGCGCGGCGUGCGGCCCCAAGUCCUCCGCGGUCUCCUUCUCCGCUUUUGCUUCUUUCACACAGAAGAGGAAUAGAGAAGAAAGAGUAAAGUGAGAGGCACGGCGCGGGGGAACAAAAGCGGACUGUCCGGUCUUUCGCGCCCGUCAGGGCGGGAGGGGCUGCCUAGGUCCGGGCCGAGAGAGCGCGCGUUUUCAUUCCGGCACACAGUUAACCUAAGGCUCCUUCGCCCACCAACAUCAGCAGGAUGACCCAUGCUAGCCCAUGCCUGCCCUCGGGCCUUCUCUCACCCAUCUUCUUCCCCCUGGGCGGCCCCUCGCCCCCAGGCUCCCUGGUGGUCCAGCAGGGGAUCCCCAUCGCCGUGGCGCCCGCUGCCCCUCAACCCGGGUUACCGUCGUCGGACUGCACGCCCGGCCCGGGGCCCGGCGGCGCCGCGCCGCCCCCGGGGCACGGCGCCCCGGCCGGGGUGUCCUUCAUCAUCCAGAUCGGGUUGACCCGGGAGUCGGUGCUGCUGCCGCAGUCCGCCGACCUGGCCUACGUCAAGCAAGUCGCCUGCUCCAUUGUAGACCAGAAGUUUCCGGAGUGCGGAUUCUACGGAAUUUAUGACAAAAUUCUCCUUUUCAAGCACGACACAGCCACCAACAACAUCCUGCAGCUAAUCAAGAGUGCGAGUGACAUCCAGGAGGGAGACCUCAUUGAAGUGGUGCUCUCGGCGGCCGCCACCUUUGAGGAUUUCCAGAUCCGACCGCACGCCCUGAACGUGCACUCAUACCGUGCGCCGGCCUUCUGCGACCACUGUGGAGAGAUGCUGUUUGGCCUGGUGCGGCAGGGCCUUAAAUGCGACGGCUGUGGCCUGAACUACCACAAGCGCUGCGCCUUCAGCAUUCCCAACAACUGCAGCGGUGCACGUAAGCGGCGCCUCUCCACCACCUCGCUGACCAGCACCCAGUCCCUGCGGCUGUCCACCUCCGAGUCGAUCAGCAGCGGCAGCACAUCCGCCGAAGACGUCGCCUUGGUGACGUCACACACGCAAAGGCCUCGGACCCCCAGCGAGGCACGCCGCUUCUACACAGGCCGCCCCGUACACCUGGACAAGAUCCUGAUGAGCAAAGUGAAGGUGCCCCACACGUUCGCCGUGCACUCGUACACGCGACCCACCGUGUGCCAGUACUGCAAGCGCCUGCUCAGGGGCCUCUUCCGCCAGGGGCUACAGUGCAAGGACUGCAAGUUCAACUGUCACAAGCGCUGUGCGUAUAAGGUGCCCAAUGACUGCUUAGGGGAGACCAUCGGAGAUAUGCUAAGCCCCACUGUGGACCAGGAGGUUCCCAUGGAGUACACUAGUGAAUCCCCCCUGAUUGAUGAUCCAGAUGACACCUGCAGCAUCCCAGGCUCCUUUUCCCCCAGCACCUUCUCAGACAGCAGCCAGAGCGGCACUAGUGAAGACCAGAGCUCCAUGGGUUACAUCCCCCUCAUGAGGGUGGUCCAGUCUGUGAGGCAGACGACCCGUCGCUCCAGCACGGCCAUCAAAGAAGGCUGGAUGGUACACUACAGCAACAAGGACACACUGAGGAAGAGGCAUUACUGGCGUCUUGACUGCAAAUGCAUCAUCCUCUUCCAGAACGACACCACCAACAAGUACUAUAAGGAAAUCCCUCUCAGUGAGAUCUUGGAGGUGUGUCCUGCUGGGGAUUUCACACUCGUCCCUCCAGGAACCAAUCCCCACUGCUUUGAGAUCGUCACUGACACCAUGCGUUACUUUGUGGGGGAGGACCCCAAUCCCAACACCCCCGGCAAUCCCUCCUUCUCUGGCUCUUCCGAACUCCCAGGCUGCUCUUCAUCCCCCAGCAGUGUUACACCAAACAGUGGCAUUGGGCGGGAGGUGGCCAAGGCGUGGGAGAGCGCCAUCCGCCAGGCUCUCAUGCCUGUCAUCUUCCAAGAUGCACCCACAGUACAAGGACACACCCCCCACAGACAGGCCUCUGUGAGCAUUUCCGUGUCCAACAGUCAGAUCCAGGAGAAUGUGGACAUCGGUAUGGUGUAUCAGAUCUUUGCUGAUGAGGUGUUGGGCUCUGGGCAGUUUGGAGUGGUGUAUGGCGGGAAGCACAGGAAGACGGGUCGGGAUGUGGCCGUGAAGGUGAUCGACAAGCUCCGUUUCCCCACCAAGCAGGAGAGCCAGCUAAGGAACGAGGUCGCCAUCCUGCAGAGCCUGAGACACCUGGGCAUUGUGAACCUGGAGUGCAUGUUCGAGACACCCGAGAAGGUAUUUGUGGUGAUGGAGAAGCUGCACGGCGACAUGCUGGAGAUGAUCCUGUCCAGCGAAAAGGGCCGGCUGCCCGAGAGGCUCACCAAAUUCCUCAUCACGCAGAUCCUGGUUGCUCUAAGGCACCUGCACUUUAAGAACAUCGUCCACUGUGACCUGAAGCCCGAGAACGUGCUGCUGGCCUCGGCUGACCCCUUCCCCCAGGUGAAACUGUGUGACUUUGGCUUUGCACGGAUCAUCGGCGAGAAAUCAUUCCGCAGGUCCGUGGUGGGGACUCCUGCCUACCUGGCCCCUGAGGUGUUGCUCAACCAGGGCUACAACCGCUCGCUGGAUAUGUGGUCUGUGGGUGUCAUCAUGUACGUCAGUCUGAGCGGCACGUUCCCCUUCAAUGAGGACGAGGACAUCAAUGACCAGAUCCACAAUGCAGCCUUCAUGUACCCCCCCAAUCCCUGGAAGCACAUCUCCCCUGAAGCAAUUGAUCUCAUUAACAACCUGCUGCAGGUGAAAAUGAGGAAACGUUACAGUGUGGAUAAGAGCCUUAGCCAUGCGUAUCUGCAGGACUACCAGACGUGGCUGGACCUGCGGGAGCUGGAGAUGAAGCUGGGUGAGCGCUAUAUCACCCAUGAGAGCGAUGACAACCGGUGGCAGCAGUUUGCACAGGAGCACACUCUGCAGUACCCUGCCCACCUGGUUCCCCCGCCACGUGCUUCUGAUGAGGAGGAGGCCGAGGACGAUACUGAUAUGCAAGGCUUGACCGAACGGGUCAGCAUCCUCUAAGACGACGGGGAGGAUGAUGACCACCAUGUGUUGCAGCCCCUCUGACUGUUCUGGACCUGUUGCCCUUAGGGCCCCUGACUGUUAUCUCCUCUCCCGUCAAGUCAUCUUUGGUGCAAUCAGCAUCAUUUCCUGGCUGUCUUAGCUGACCUUUAAACCAUUCUCAGUGUAGAAAAGCAAUACUAUUCUCUAGAUCCCGGUAUCCCAAAAGGCUCUGACCCCCAUGUCCCCAAGCACUCAAUAUGACGUAGCAGCCGGGAGGGACUCGCUCUGUACCCCAGCGGCUCUGUGACACACCGAGAGAGUGUUGUAGUGUGAACUCCAUGCACUGCUGAUGAAUGAGUGGAACUGGAGAUGAGACAAAGUCAAGGAGAUACACUGUACUGGUCUUGAUGAACCACUCUCAUUCAAUUGUCAUGUCAGGGAAAAUUCCAUUUCAUUCAAAAUAUUCAGAAAGUGACUGCUGCCACCACUCUGAGCAGCAGAGGGCGAUGUGGCACAAUUUACAAUAGGGCAACUUGGGGGUGGGCUUAUGAGGACUGCUUUGGGGUCUUUAUAAGGUAGAUUUUUUCAAUUAAUCACAAGUCCUUCAUCAGCAAUUUAUUUCUCCUUGUGAACUGUAGUGUGUUGCCCAGUAAAAGGACAAUGAAGUUUUUCUAUACUAAAUGUGUGAAUGAUGAAGAAAGUAUGUCUCUGCUUCAUCCCAUCAAGCUCAAAUAGAGUACCGUAAACCAGCAAAUACUGUAUCUAUCUGUAUUUCUUUUCUGAGGGAAACCUGAACAAAGCCGGGCGGUGGCAUCACUGCGCUCUGAAGAAUUUCAGAGAGCUUCCUUCCGUUGAUGUAAUGUUCUGGUUGUGUUUUUUUUCUCCGAGAUGUGCGUUGCUUUAGAGAAAAGCACCUGCUAAAUGAAUGAAUGUACUGUAUGUAAAUGAAUAAAUGCAACUGAAACUGCUAGUUAAAAAAAUUUCCUACAAAGACCGUUUCACUUCAGCAUCAGUAAAAGACGUGUAUGAUGUUGAUGCCCAUAAUGAUACAUCACCCUCACACACGCACUGUUUAUAACCGCUUGUCCUGGUGAACCGGAGCCUAACCCGGCAACAGAAGGCGCAAAG